UUUUGUCUUCAACAUACCAAGGAAGAAGAAAACACUUUAUUUUGGGGAAAACACUGACGCAACGCAGUGUGUACCUACGUUGUAAUAACGGGCGAGCAUCGCGUGUUAACAACGGGGAAGUCUCAGAAGUCCUCUUGUUCUGGCAAUAAUAAUAGUAGGUAACGCCCAUAUUCUCUUCAUUUUGUCGCAUAUGUUUUUCUGGUAACCUUUCAAGUCCUGCCACCACCUGCAGGUGUUCACUACGCAUGCGCCCUAUAUAAGUAUUUAAAUAACCCAAGUCAUCUGAUACAACAAAACAUUCUACUGUCAGCCAAUCCACGACUGCAUCGAAAGCUGGCACUGGAGGAGCCCCUGUUUUUGGCCAAAUAUUGCCACUUUGUGAUACUGGGAGUCGAAUUCGCCUAGUUCCUGACCGCACCUAAUUACGCCAUUGAUUGAGAGUCGUAGAGGUUAAGAAGACUGAAGUCGACCAGACGGACAGGAAAAAAAUAAAACAAAGAUGGCUGUGUAGCCAAAGAGACGAGACCCAACCGAGUGUCCGUCCGCAGCCCCACAACACCGACACGUCUAGGGUCCAUUGGACGGUCCGUCGGCACCAGAGCACCGAGGCAGCCUAGCGGGCGAACUGGGCCGCGGUCCCACGGCGGUCCCGUGCGCUGUCAGGGCGAAUAACGGCGUCGAAAACACCUCCGAGUGACGCCUGAGUUGUUUUGUUCUGCCCGGGCCAGGGGAAGGACUGCUGUGUUUUUGUCAACGAGCUAGCCCAUAGUCUGCUAGCACUACUGUAAGUCUUCCUAAUAGUUCUAAUACUUGAGCGUUAUGUGACACUUUAAGACAAGCUUGCGAGUUUUUUUUUUCUACAGACGGCCGGGGUGUUGAUGCAUUUGCGUGUACUGUGAUUAUUGCAACAUCGCCCGCAUUCCUCACUGACAGCCUUGUGCUGUAGCUAGCCUAGCCCAUCGAUGUCAGCUGACCGUUAGCCGCACAGAAUACACGCUAUCAUCUGGGCUAACCUGCUAAUAUUUCGCCCUGAAUUGGGUCGCGACAGGACUUCCACAUAUCUUGACAAUCAACACCAUGUCUUCACUGGAAGAGCGAGACAUGGGAGUCGCGGCCCCGGGCUCCUCCACGUCUGGAUUGGGGGUCGUGGCCGUGGGGGCAGCAUUGGAGGCUGUCGCGGGGGUUGCAGCAAUGCAGGAGGAGGUCGCGAUUCGACGAGACGGGCCCGAAACUGACCCCGACGAGCCACCCAAGAAAAGGGUGAGACUGCCCGAGGGAGAGGCAGGGAAGCUGGAGGAGAGAUUGUACUCUGUUUUGUGCUGCACCGUUUGCCUUGACUUGCCCAAGGCAUCUGUUUACCAGUGCACCAACGGGCACCUGAUGUGUGCUGGCUGUUUCAUUCACCUCCUGGCCGACUCUCGCCUUAAGGAGGAACAAGCCACAUGUCCCAACUGCAGGUGUGAGAUCAGUAAGAACCUGUGCUGCAGGAACCUGGCGGUGGAGAAGGCUGUGAGCGAGCUGCCCGCAGACUGCCCCUUCUGCCUCAAACAGUUCCCCCGCUCCACCCUGGAGAGACACCAGAAGGAGGAGUGUCAAGACAGGUGUGUGUGCCACACGGGUGUGAACUGCCUCACCUGCACACGCCCUUACCUGGUGACACUGUGCAAGUACAAGCGCAUCGGCUGCCCGUGGCAGGGCCCCUUCCACGAGCUCCCCGCCCACGAGGGCGAAUGCUGCCACCCCAACAAGACGGGCGCCGAGCUGAUGGGGGUCCUGGGGGAGAUGGACCAGAGCCACCGCAGAGACAUGCAGCUCUACAACAGCAUCUUCGGCCUGCUCUGCUACGAGAAGAUAGGCUUCACAGAGGUGCAGUUCAGGCCGUACCGGACGGACGACUUCAUCACGCGGCUGUACUACGAGACGCCGCGCUUCACCGUGCUCAACCAGACCUGGGUGCUGAAGGCGCGCGUCAACGACUCGGAGCGCAACCCCAACCUGUCCUGCAAGCGCACGCUGUCCUUCCAGCUGCUCCUCAAGAGCAAGGUGAACUCGCCGCUGGAGUGCUCCUUCCUGCUGCUGAAGGGGCCGUACGACGACGUGCGCAUCAAGCCCGUCAUCCACCACCACGCCUUCAGCAACGACACCAACGAGACCGAGUACGUCCUGCUGCCCAUCUCCGACUCGGUGGAGUGCAACAAGCUGCUGGCCGCCAAGAACAUCAACCUGCGCCUCUUCAUCUUCCAGAUCCAAAAAUAAUGAGGAGGACGAGGAGG